UCGGCGUGUGUGCAUGUGUGUGCGUGUGUUUGUCUCCAGCUCUCACCAGGUUUGGUUCGUUGUACCGAGGGCUUCCUGCUGCAUCCAUCUGCCUGAAACAAACAAGCGCCGGACUGUCAUCGCACGCGAGCAGAUUUGAACAGAGUAGGAGCUGCUGGUGGAGACGGGCCGUCAACAUCCCACCCUCUCAGGACAGCACAGGCAGCUCCUCACCACAGUGCAGCCGCAGUUUGACCGCUUCCAUCAGACUCAUGGCUGUUUGAAGGGACACGGCCCCACCGUGGCCCAUGCACUGUACCCGUUCCCCUCCCUGUCCUCCUUAUCCCUCAAGCUGACGCAAAACCCCAGGCACCUGCCCCCCCUCCCCCACCCCUCCUCCCACUCAAUCACUGGCGACUCACCCCCUCCCGCCAUGGCACCUGGCACAGAAACCGUGCACUACAUCCACCUCCACAACUCCAGCCAGUCGGUGCUGGAAGCCCUGCGCACGCAGCGGCGUGAGGGCCUCUUCUGCGACGUGACUGUGCGGAUACAUGACGCCUCACUGCGCGCCCAUGCUUGCGUUUUGGCAGCUGGCAGCCCCUUCUUCCAGGACAAGCUGCUGCUGGGCCACUCCGAAAUCUCGGUGCCACCGCUGGUGCCCGCAGAAACAGUGAAGCAGCUGGUGGAUUUCAUGUACAGCGGCUCUCUGGUGGUGCUGCAGUCCCAGGCCCUCUGCAUCCUCACUGCCGCAAGCAUCCUCCAGAUCAAGACGGUCAUCGACGAGUGCACCCAGAUCAUCUCUCAGAGGAAGGCGGCAGCAGGGGCAGCGGCCGCAGCAGCAGCGGCCGCUGCAGCAGGAGGAGGAAUGCUCGGAGGAGUUCUGCCCAAACAAGAGGAGCGUGGUGGGGGUAAAGGGAGAGAGAGCAGUGGCAGCGCAAGCUGUUCUGUUGGUGGAGCAAGUGGGGGCUAUGCAAACUUCUCUAACUUCAUGGCUGAAUGCGGUGCUAGCAACAUGGGCGGGGGUCUGGGGGGUGCCAGUGUCAGCGAGGGGGGCCCAGGCCCGAUGGAGCAGGCCAACACCGUGAGUCUGAUGGCGCUGGGUGACAUGGGCCCUGGCGCCAUGUGUGGUGACGGGAUGGGCUCCGGGGCUGGAGCAGUCCUCAUGAAGCAGAGCUCCAGCUGCACUCAGGACGUCAGGUACAAGCUCCGAGACCUGUUGGCACAGACGGCCAAUGGAGCCAACACUAGUAGCACAGGGAAUCUGUCGGCAGGCUGCAGCUCCGGCGUGGCCAGUGUGGACAGCAUUGGCAGGGACAGCCUGCGCGGCAACACAACUGACCUCUCUGACGACCUGGUAGCGAUGGAGCGCUACAGCGAGGAGGAGGACCUGGACGGGAGAGAGCGAGGGAGAGACGGAGACAGAGACAGGGGGGUGAGCCACAGCCGCAAGCAGAGGCAGCCUCUAAGACUCCAGGUGCUGGGAGGAGAGGGCGUGGUGGUAAAAGAUGAAGGGGUUCAGGACGCAGAUGGGACCGUUUAUGCCCUGGAGGAAGGGAGAAGAGAUGGUGAGCAGCAGGGCUCCCAGGAAUCCAUGGCAGGCUUUGGCCAGGAUUUCUAUGAUGAGCAGAGCGUGUUUUCAGAGAGUUUCUGGCCACAGAGUGAGCCUCCCCGCGCCAUGACCUUCAACCCGAGAGGAAGGGUCAACAAGCCUCUGACUCCACCCCCAACCACACAGUCCCUCAACAACCAGCUCAUGUUCCAGUACCCGGUGAGCCAAUCCCAGCCACCUCCGUUCUACGUAGGCGGGCCAAUGGGUGGGAUUGACAGCAUGCCGACAGAGCCCAGUCAGCCAGCUCCUCCCCAGGCACCAAUGACUCCAGUUCCGCCUCCAUCCGCCUCCUCCUGCUCUGCAGGCCCCUCCCCUUCCUCCCAGGGAUCUGAGACCUCAUUUGACUGCACGCACUGUGGCAAAUCUUUACGUUCCAGGAAGAACUACAGCAAGCACAUGUUUAUCCACUCUGGUCAGAAACCUCAUCAGUGCUCCAUCUGCUGGCGCUCCUUCUCCCUGCGCGACUACCUCCUCAAGCACAUGGUGGUACAUACCGGCGUCAGGGCCUUCCAGUGCUCCAUGUGUGGCAAGCGCUUCACCCAGAAAAGUUCGCUCAAUGUGCACAUGCGCACCCACCGUGCUGAGCGCACCUUCCAGUGCAACGUGUGCCACCGGGCCUUCACGCACCGCACCUUGCUGGAGCGCCACGCCCUGCAGCACGCCCACCACAACCCCCAGGGCCAGGGCCAAGGCCAGGGCCGUGGAGCCGACAUGACCUCACCUACCAAGCACAGCCCUCCGGCUCUUGGAGGGCCCUCAGGUAUGGCUGCCGCGGCCGGCAUGGUCGGCAGCAUGACCAACAUGUCCAGCCAUGGAGCUUCCUCCACUUAGAGUAGAGGGGAGAUCUGGGGGACAUGGUGAGGUUAGUGAGCCCAUUCCUUACUUGGUCCUAACAGCCUUGUUGAUCUUAUGUUCUGGUGGGAACAGCACUUACAGAAUCUCCCAUUAUUUUAUCUUAACACCACUUGAGUCAGGGUUCCUACACAAGGCUGGACAGCCUUUGGAAAUUUGAAAAUGAUGUAAAUCUUUGAAUUGCACAAAAAUUCUUUAAAACUUUUGCGGGUGAAAACAUGUGUGAGUUUUAGAUAACCAGUUUUAAAUAGUUGUAAGCCAAUGGUCAUUUCCUGUGUGGUGACAUUUGUUGCUGAUGAUUAUUUGUAAGCUGCAGAGCAACAAUCACGCACCUCGCAUUGAACAGCCAUUUUUAAAAAUCAUCUUUCGGUGAGAAGCAGUUUUGAAUUCUAAAAUGGAGAAAAUGUAGGAACCCUGUUACAAAGACAAAUGGCGUAUUUCCACCGGCUCUACUCGCCUCACCUCGACACGACAAGGCUGGUUUAGGUUGCUUCUCCUCGACAAAAAAGUACCUACUUAACGUGGGCUGAGUUAAACUGUGGUGACUUUGUUUUAUACGCGACACACACACACA